UUGGUGUUCUUUGUUAAGUACACUACUCCCCUUCUUUUUAUUCCUCCUUUUUCUUACUUUCCCAAACCUUUCUUUCAGCUUUUCUCACCUUCCUUCUCCUUUCACUUCCUCCUAUACACACCUCCCUCCCCCAAACUAGCCUAAACAGAAAGAGAUAGCCAGAGAGAUUACACAGAGAGAGAUUGGGAGAGAGAUUACACACACCUCCAACAAAGUAGAAAGCCUUACAAACAUACAAUUAUAUCUUUAAAUUGUAUACACACCAUAUGCCCCCAGCCUUCUCGUGUAAAUCAUGCCAUCUCUCGUGACUCCAGCUUUUUUUCUUUCCCUCUCCUCGUAAUCAAAUUUGACAAAUAUUAUUUUAAUAAUUUCUCAUGACACAAUAAAUCAGACCUUCACAUUUCUCUCUACUUCUAAUUCUCUCUGCCUCUGACCCAUACCUCACUCGUGCCUGAGUAACAAAAACGUAUCCAGUAUAUCCCGCUCGACUGAUAACGAAAGGACUCACUCCUACGGAUAACUUGACAGUGUGCUCCGGGAUGCGCAACGGCGGAGGGGCUGAGGCCGCAACCAUGAGGCAACAACGAGGACAAUUUGAUAACCAUUACCAACAUACACCACCUCAUUUUCACUCCACUGUCUCGUUACAAAAACUACGUCGUUUCAACACUCUUAUCUUCGUGUUUCGGCUAGCUACUUUUAGCUUCUCAUUUGCGUCCGCUGUUUUUAUGCUUACUAAUUCCAGAGGUGAUUCUUCUCCUCGUUGGAAAGAUUUUGAUGCUUUCAGAUUUAUUGUAGCGGCAAAUGGUAUAGUAGCAGUGUAUUCAUUGUUUGAAAUGGGAGCUUCCGUUUGGGAGAUUUCACGCGGCGCCACAGUCUUUCCUGAAGUUCUCCAAGUUUGGUUCGAUUUUGCUCAUGAUCAGGUAUUCGCGUACUUGUUGCUGUCGGCCAAUGCAGCAGGGACCUCAUUAGCUAGAACACUGAACGGAAUGGUGGAUACAUGUUCUGCUAGUAACGCCUUCUGUGUGCAGGCGGAUAUAUCUAUAUCAUUGGGGUUUGCUGGGUUUUUGUUCCUGGGAAUGCUGUGUUUGCUCUCGGGAUUUAGAGUUGUUAGCUUUAUAAUCAACGGUUCUCGUUUUCAUCUCUAGGAGAAGCUAGUAGGCUUUGUUAAUUGAUCAAGUAUCAACAUUAUUCUCAUUUGUUCUACAAUAUGAUUAGUGUAUGUACUAUGGCCUUCUGUACAUGAGAGAUGUGUAUUCAUUAUUCUGUUCCUGUGUCCAAUAGUGUAAAAGAUACCUUGUUACAAUCAAUCUUUAUGUAACUUGAUAUGGUUUAUUACUUUAUUUA